GCAGCUGACCACCGUGGGUUGCGCCCUGCCGGAGAGAGAGCAGCAGUCGGCAAACACUCCAGUUCAUCUUCCUCACACUCGGCUACAGUCUACACAUACGACAUCCCUGUCCCAGGACCUCUCAUCAGAUCAGGAAAAACUCCCAAAAAAAAGGGAAGAAACCUUCAGGAGAGCAACAGAGGAGGAUCCCUCUCCAGGAUGGACAGAAGCAAGAGGUGUCAUGUGUACAGAAGGAAGCCUUACAGAGUUACAACACAUUCAAUGAGUAUGACAGAAUGUGCGAAUAGUUCAUAGUAGGCAUGGACCACGAUCCAGACCUCCACAAUCCAUGAAAGCAGAAGGAGGUAGAGAGGAGGAGUGCCUGCAGGAGGCCGGCCCACCAGCACAGCCUCCUGCAGGUUUUAUGUCCUGCUUAAGUUCUAAAGUGUUAUUGUACCAGUCGGAGCAGCAGUGUUUUGUUCUUUGCUCCUCAGGGCCCACGAUGAAGAAGAAGCUGCUGGUGGAUGUGGACUGUGGGGUGGACGACGCUCAGGCCAUCAUGCUGGCACUGGCCGCCCCCAGCGUGGAGCUCCUGGGCAUCACGUGUGUGCAGGGCAACACCACCGUGGAGAACGUGUGCAGGAACACGCUGCGGGUGCUGCAAGCCUGCAGUAAACUGGAGAUUCCAGUGUUUAAAGGUGCAGCCAAGCCGAUCCUUGGGCGCUGCAUUAAUGCGGGACACUUCCACGGGGAGGACGGGCUGGGAGACGCUCCUGACCCCAACGCGCCGGGUCUGGACCUGGUUCAGAAGGAGGGCGCCGUGUCGGCCAUGAUCAGGAUCGUCAAUGAGAACCCAGGGGAGGUGUCUCUGGUCGCCACGGCGCCGCUCACCAACUUGGCUCUGGCUGUGAAGAUGGAUCCGUCUCUACCGAGCAAACUCAGAGGGCUCUACAUCAUGGGAGGCAACACUGAAUCUCGAGGAAACAGGACAGUGUGUAGCGAGUUCAAUUUCGCUGCCGACCCAGAAGCUGCGCACAUCGUCCUGAACGACUACCAGUGUCCCACCUACCUGGCCUGCUGGGAGUUCACCUGCUCCAGCAAGCUGUCCUGGGAGUUUUGCGACGCCUGGUUGGCGCAGGACACGGAUAAAGCUCGCUUCAUGGCGCGGAUCUCCCAGCACAGCAUCGAGGCGUCGCAGAGCGAGCGGCACCAGAAAGAGUUCGUCUACGGCACGGGUUUCGUUUCCUGCGACUCGUACGCCAUGGCCGCCGCCGUGGACGAGUCCCUCGUCUUAGAGAGCGACCGUCACCCGGUCAGCGUGGAGCUGACGGGCACGCACACCAGAGGCAUGAUGAUCGUGGACACGGCGGGCUUCCUGAAGAAGGCUCACACGGCUUCCAUCAUGAAGGUGGACAUGGAGAAGUUCAAGCGGAUGAUGAUGGCUGCGUUACAAUAACGGCCCUGAGCACACGGGUCAAGCAUGAGUGACCCCCCCAGGGUUCUGUUGACUUGUAGAAGACGCUCCUCACAAGAGCCAUUCAUAACAUACCGUUUGUAAAAAUGUAACUGCAACUUUGCCCCCCCCCCCCCCCGAGUCAUUUUCUUCUAAUUGUGUGACGUAAUUGUAAAGUUUUAAUACUAGAAAUCAGGUGUUUCAGUCAAAUUGUAAAAGUCACUUUACAAUAUGUAUUCAUCAUUUCAUUAGAUAAAGUUUCUCAUAACACACACAGCUCCACGGCGCUGCUGCUGAA